UAGAAUGAAAGAAAAUCAUGAUGACAAAUCAAAAGACAAGGUAAUGGAUCCGGGCGAGGGAACGUCAAAUUUUAGAACCCUCUCAUAUAGAGAAGUGGACCGGGAGGCGGCUUUCCUUCGGAUGGUGGAAGCCAUUGACAAUUCCCAGAGGAAUCGGUGGAAAUUACCAUUGACCAUGGCCGUUCUCCCUAUGAAUUUCGAAGUAGCCUCUCUGGACAGCUAUAGGAUAGAAGCUCAACAACGAUGGGUACAGCAAAUCGGACACUACAUGUCCUCAGGACAUGUAGAAGGUGACAAUGUAGACAAAUACUCCGCCUUUGCUCCAGAGAUCUUAUGCUCCUCCCCAUCAAUGGAGACAGAGAGUAAAAUAGUGGAAGAAAUACGUUCUCCUUCCACUUCAUCUCCAGCAUCUACCACCACGGAUUCAGAGUCAGAUGAAUCGUCUGAUGCAUUAUCACCCCCGCUACCAAAAAGACAGAGGCGAUUCCGACAUUGACUUCUACUAUAUCCUGGAGAAUACUUUAUUUAUGUAUAAAAAUUUUUGUAAUAAACUAUUUUGUAUAUUACGCCUUUUUCAGAUAAUGUCAGAGAGUAACAUUCAACCGAUACCUGCUAAUCUCCAGGAGGCGCGUCUUUUGUAUGCUGCCGGACAAAGGAGAUGCUCUUAGCAGAAGAGGAAAUGCAGGAGCGUCCUCACACUAUUACUUUUAACAUAGAGUGUACACUCCAAUUCUCCACCAUAGUGCAGCUAAUGCAACUAAUCCGUCAAGGAAUCGUCCCCAUUCCCGGCGGAGAACCAGAACACCGUAAUAUACCGGAUCCCCAGAACAUCCCGCUAGAAUUCACUACGUUAGAUCUAUAUUUAUUGCCAGACGACAACAUUAACCAGAAUGGGUCACUCCCUACACAAUCAGAACGGUAUUGCCAGGAGAGAGCAACCUCUCCUCCUAGGCGAGUUACCCGAUCUGUAACACGAAGACGACGUCAAAAUCGUCAGGUCCCCCAUCAACAAUAAUUGGGCUCUUUAAUUAAUUAAUUAAAACCCCUUUAGUUCCUCGCCCGAGUUAACUCGGGCAGGUUACAUAGCUUUACAGAAAACUCUGUCCUUUCGGCCCCUAAAAAAAUUUUUUUUCUUCAAUUUUUGGAUGUUUUUUAGGUCUUCAAAUUUUUUCAAAAAUUUUUA